AUGGACCAGUCAAUAAUUCGCAUCACAAAGGAGUUGGCAGACCUCCAACGAUCUUCCGAUCUCGCCAUUGCCGUCGCCUGCCGAGAUGUCGACGUGCGGAACGUAAAGGCGCUCAUUGUGGGACCUCACGAGACCCCCUACGAAUUCGGAUUCUACGAAUUUGCCAUCAAGUUUCACAAGUCCUACCCCUCGACCGCACCAAACGUGCAAUGCGUCACCACCAAUGGAGGGCGCUGUCGGUUCAACCCAAAUAUCUAUGCAAACGGAAAAGUCUGCUUGUCUAUUCUAGGCACGUGGAGAGGUGAACGAAGCGAGCAAUGGUCAUCUGCCCAGGGCAUGGAAUCUAUACUUUUGUCAAUUCAGAGUCUGAUGUCGGCGAAUCCGUUCGAGAACGAGCCUGGGUUCGAAAAUAGCAACAGCCCAAAAGACAAGGAGUAUCAACAGGCUUACGUGCAAAAAAUACGUCAUGAAUCUUUGAGAAUAUCUGUUAUUCAACGCUUGGAGCGCUAUCUAGGUUUGCAAAUCGAUGGAACCAGGAUUCCACCACCCAAAGCAACAGAUAGCAACGGCACAGAAGCAGACGUUGAUGAAGCGACAAUACCAUUCGAGCCUUUCAAAGACCUUUGCAAGCGACGUUUUCUCUGGUAUUUUGAAUCCUACAUGGCAGCUAUUCGACUCGGUCAAUCAGAGACCAGGGACGGAGCAGGCUUUGUACAAAUGCCCUUUGAAAAACCUGGCAGCAACAGCAUGGAGGGGAAAUUCUGCUACCGAGAUCUUGAGCGCCGCCUUUUAAAUAUCAAAAAGGCCCUCAAAGAUGAGCUCACUACCUGGGCCGAAGAUGGCCUGAUGGCGCAGCGAAAUGACUCGACCGUGGCCGUCAAUUUGCGCCACCAAUUCGAGCAGAUGCUUGCCUAUUUUCGAGGUCUAGACGUGCCACAUAGCGUGUCUUUGGAAAAUGACAACGCUUUCGUUUGGAUUCUAACUUAUUUCGGGCGUCCUAUGACCAAUCUCGACGGCGGCAUGCUCCGUCUCAAACUGCAUUUCAGCCCUCACUUUCCCAACGAGCAGCCUCGCGCCAUUUUUCAAACCAAGAUCUUUCACCACCAGAUUGCGCCGGACGGUACAUACUGCUAUAAUCCACCGGCAAGUGCUUCAGGCGAUGUCCGCAGCCAUAUCGAGGCUAUCCUGGAGCUUCUCGAGGAGGAUCAGCCAGCGUAUGACCCGCGAAAGAUUGUCCAUCCCGAGGCAACCAAGCUAUAUUGGAGCCAUUCACCCGAUGAGAAAAAGCAGUACAACAGAAGACUGCGUCGAUCUGUACAGGAUAGCAUGGACGACCUCCCUGAAUGA